ACGUUACCUCACGGCAGCGACCAUUUUCCGGGGAAAUAUUGCUUCCAGAGAGGCUUAGGUGGCUGUCCGAGAUCUGCAAACCCGCGGCUCGAGUCAGUUUGUCGAAUGGAUUCCUGACAACGUUUCCGUGACGCUCGUGUCUGUUCCACCCGUCGGACAGAAGCAGGCUGCUGUGGCUUUAUCGAAUUCGACCUCCAUUCAGGAGCUCUUCCAGCGCACCCAUGAGACGUUCAGUGCCAUGUAUAAACGCAGGGCCUUCCUGCAUUGGUACACCGGAGAGGGCAUGGACGAAAUGGAGUUCUCCGAGGCCGAGAGCAAUUCGCAGGAUCUCAUUGCCGAGUAUCAGCAAUAUCAAGAAGCUACAGCUGACAGCGAGGAAGACUAUGAGGAGGAGGAGGAGGACAUGUGAACGCCAUCAUAGAGUUGGUUUACAACCUUGGAGGAGAGAUUUAAUUUCGUUCAUUAACACAGGAACGCACUGCUUCGGCUACAUACCGCAACAUUUAUCCUCAAAAGAUCAUUCCUCAUAAUUUGGGUCUCGGUCUCAGUGUGAUAGAACGCCUCUUGGCAAAAGAAGUAAAUUACACACGUGACCCUGUCCCUCGUGAUGGUCGUGACGGUGACAGCUCGGACAUGACGUGAGAACGGCCUCGGCCCGUCGGCCAGGCGCUGCCCACCUUUUCUCACCUCCUCUUCCUCAUGAGCUGGCCUCAGCGCAGCUGUACAUGUCAACCUCCCAACUCCGCGCGCGCACGCUCUCGAAACUCGAACUGACCGUCUCUGUGGCCCAGAGCCUCAAAUGGCCCGCUACCCAGCACUCGAUACCCACCGCCAAUUCGCUGUGGCCGCAGGACGUUUCCCCGGAGGAAGAGGAGAAGGAGGAGGAUGGCGAAGACGACGACGACGACGACUUGCUGACCAUCCCGGCCCACUUGACGCCGAGUCGACUCACCUUCAGCGGUGGGCGGAGUGAGUAUCUGUGGCGCCCUGAGAGCAGGACACCCAACACCGCACACACGUUCGGCUUCCCUCUCUCCGCACGGACCAACAACACCUUCUUCGACCUCCAAGCCGGUGGCGCCGGCGCGUCUUCGUCCUCCGCCGACGCCGACGCCCGCAGCGCACUCGAGCGCCACAAGCGGCGGCUGCGGCGGGACACCACCGCGGAGGCGGACCUCCUCCGCAUCACGGCGUCCGGGGCCCUGCACGAGCUCUCUCCGGCCGAGCUGCAGGCCGCCGUGGCGCAGUUCGCGCACGAGUCCGUCGCCGCGCUGCUCGCCGAUGCGCGUGCGGGCCUGGGCGUGGUGCUGGCCGCGGGGAGGAAGGACCGGUCGCGGUGGAUGGCCGAGCAGCGGGUCGCUGCGCUGGAGGCGCUCCAGGCCCAGAUCGCGCGGCCGGCGGUCGCGGCGGUCGGCCCCAGCGGCGGAUCUGCCCAGCUGCGCCGGGAGACGAAUCUGGUUCGCUUCCUCGCUGCGCGGAGGGGCGGCGAGGCAAAGCUUGUUCCCGUCUUCACCCGCAAGCGGGAUACCCGAGGACGCCCACAGGAGCUGAAAGAGAAGCAGAAGCAAGAGCAGAAGCAAGAGCAGCAGAACCCGAGAUACCGCCCAGUUGCGGAUGAGACGCCGGAACGUCCUUCGCGGAGUUACAAGUCGCCCAUGAAGCUGCAGGUUCCCAGCCCUGAGGCGGCGUCGCCUCGAGAUGGCUGGUCCUGGGAGACCCGGGUGCGGUCUGUGCUGAUGACGCCAGAGCCCAAGCCUGAAAAGCGCACACGGUCGGAGGAGGCCCCUCCUGAGCCGACCCGAUCGCCGUCGUUGAGGAUACGGACGAAGACGCCGAGCUCGGAUGGGGAUACGCGGAUGUCGUUCAUGACGUUGUCAACGCCAACGAGUGGCAACUUCAGCCCGAUCCGUGCAGAAACGCCACUGACAGAAGAAGACGAGGAACAGGAAGAGGAAGAGGAGCGUUACGAGGACGAGGACUACGAAGACUAUCCGACAUUCCGUCCACACGUUGUCCAAUCGGACGCAUUUACCCCUGCUUGGCAGCCCCGUCGGCCACCGACGCCGUCGUCGCGGCUGGCGCCGAUCAGCACCAAAGCGCCGGAGCCGAUGCCCUAUCUGACGCAGGACGCGCAGUACCCGUGGCUGGCGGAUCCCAGUACCUGGGGCGUAUCCCCGUCUCCGUGGCAUGGAGACGGCUGGGUCGUGACACCCGCCUCGGCAUCGACUGCUUCGACUGUGUCUCCAUCGGACCUUGCCACCCCACUGUCAGCUCUCCCUCGGCGUCCGCCGGUGCCUUCGCGGUCUCAGACGUUGCCGUUAACCCCAGCAUCGUCUCUGUUUUCCUCGUCGUCAUCUUCAUCGUCCUCGUCCCCCAGGCGGACCUGGAGUCGGGAGCCUGAGUCGUACCUCCAGGUGUCUUCGCUGGACACCAUCUCCGAGUCGCACACGGGUCCCAAAGCCAGCGCUUCCUCCCGUGCCAAGCCGCUGCCGCCGAUGCCUAGCCCGUCUCCCAAGGCCAGCAGAAGCUUCUUCUCAGGACUGCUGGGCAAGCGGGCCUCACGCGAGGACGACGGCAGCCGCACGAAGAUGAAGAAAAAAGGCAGUCUGCACAGCCUCAGGAACUACGCCUACUAACUGUCGCUUUUUGGUCUCUCUUGGUCUCCGGCACUCUCUUUUUUGUAUUGUACUCUAAUAACAACAAAUACCUCGUGGACAAUUCGCUCACCCCUGCGCGCGCCGUUCUUAGAGAUAUGUUCCGAAGCUCCAGUUGACGGGGAUGUUCGUCGCGUUGGCUGCGUAGAAUGUCGGCUUCACGCGUCGGCCGCCUAGCGCGUGCUGCGCUGCGGACGCAAACUUGAUCAGCGUCGGCUCGCUCCAUGCGGUACCUACGAUCGAGAGGCCGAACGGCACAUCUGCAGUGAAAAAGAAACCGUUAGUCUCACACAUUCUUGGAGACUACGAGACACCGCCUGCUUACGCCAUUCGUCGAUACCGAUGGGCUGCAGCAAAAACGACGUCAGAGUCAUGGAGGCACACGAUCUUCGAAAGAUGCUUACGAUCGUGACAAUGGGGUAGCCGGCCUGCGCCGGGAUGUUCGUCCCCGCGCCGUUGUCGUCCGAGGGGAUGAGCAGCGCAUCGAGAUGCACUUGCUUCCCGUCGAUGAUGGGGUGCAGCGCGUAGUCGAUACCGUCUCUGCGCGAGGUCUUCCGGCACCAUGUCUUCGCACAGCGCAUCAGAAUAGGGGACCUAUACAUGAGAUUCCGCGCGCGUACCAGAGCCUGCUUGUAGGUCGAGUUCUCGAUACCCCCCGUGGCCAGCGACGCGAGCAGUCCGUCCUGUCCCGAUGCGAAGGCCGCUGCGAUGUUCUGCGCCGGGCCAGGGAACGCAUCAGACACGGGACAGAGAAAGGAUGGAACGGAGGACUGACGGGUUGUCCGCCUUCGGCUGCCUGCGCGUCGUUGAAGGCGACGAUAUCCUCCAGCGAGCGGAUGGUCGUGUUGCCCAGCUCAGACAAGUAGGCCUUGAUGUUGUUGUAAAAGUCGACCUGCAGAAAGACAUUCAAUACGUUGCCGUGGAGAGAGGCAAGGAGUGGAGGAGACGGACAUUGACGACGGUGAUCUCACUCUGGUUGGCAGGGCCGAAAGCCCAGUUCCAGCCGGCCGGUGAUACGAUUUCCUGGGAGAUUGGGUAAGGCUUGACAAUGCGCGUAGUGAGCUGAGACCUACAUCGACGUAUUUGUAGUUCGUGUUGUUGUACACUCGAGGAGCAAAUAGGUCAGGAUGCUGGCAAGUCGCUAUGAUUCGGAUGGAAGUCACCUUCAACGCCGUGCUGAAAGACGUCAGCAAACAGGCGUCUGGAAUGCACUCAAGCUACCUUCUUCAGGAUCUCUACGGCCUCCAAGAGGGCCGGAAUUUGGUGGCUUGUAGUUGUCCCCUGCCUGAAACGUGGUCGGCCUGGAACAAAUAGCGCCCGCGGUCGACGACCGCCACUCACCAGAGCCGCUUCCAGGGAAUGCC